CAAAGUAUAAAACCCUAUGACUGCUUCUGUUUUACAAAGGAGACACUCGCUGGGUAAUUUACCAUGUCUCUGAAAAUGUCUCAAAUUUUGGUGUCUGCUCUGCUGCUUACAGGUGUCCUUGGAGCACCUUUUCUGACAGAAGAAUCAGCAAAUCAAUUUAUACGACUUAAACGACAGAUACUGUUUUCUCAGAACUACUGGGACCCAAGCAGCAGCCAGGAUGCAUGGGGAUAUGCUGUAGCUGAACAGGUUAGUAAAUCAUGGAGAGCUUUAAGCGACACAGCACAAUACUACAUGGGCUUGGCUCCUUUUGCCUUUGAUCCGUCAACUGCUAAUGACAUUAGAUCUUACAUGGAUAUGCCACAGCAGUCUGGGACUCACCUCCAGCAACAGACAAGGAUGAGCUAUUAAAUCCUACAUGUCUUGUGCCUGACCAUGUUAGGAAUGGCGUGUUAUGUAUUUGCUGUUAUUGCUAUUAUGCAUUUGGUAAGAUGGCUUUCUCUCAUCCCACUGUCUAAAACCAAAAUGAACAUGCUAAUCCUCUCAAUACUGCGUAUUUUAUAUUCAGAAGUAGAAGUGAGAUGUCAGUCAUGGUAAAUUGAAUAAGCAGCUGAAGACAAGGCAACCAUUAGCUUUCAGCAGAUUAUGUUUAAAAAACCCAGUGUUUUCAGGUAAAACGUAUUUUGACUAAACAACUGUUUCUAAAUGUACAUUCCUGCUUCUAUGACUGAAGACCUCGUUUUUAUCUCUCAGUAUUUCAGCUACAUUUUUGAGAGGCAAUUAAGUAAUGGAAACCAGUCGCUUCAGGCCAGUAAAUGAAGUAGAGCACAUUUGCUUCAGGUUUGGCUAGGAAGAAGGGUAUACUUCUGUACUUAAGGGCAUUUCCAUUUCUUUCAAGUACUGGGGGCAAACUGGCAGAUAUUAUAGCAUACAUCUGUAUCACACCUAUGCUUUGUUUUCUGCAUUUAAACUUCUAUACUUGGUCUUGACUGCCAAAACCACCUGAAGCCACAUCUACCACUGCGAGUUGUUUUUUCUUACUUUGUGGAAAGUAGGAGCUGGUGGACACACUUAUUCACUAAUAAAAGUGAUUAGGUUAAAAUGUUCUUUAUGCCAAGUUCUUGAGUCUGGAAAUUUUCCCAUUCCUAUCCAUUAGUUUGCCUUAUUUCAAGACACCUUCGAAUAAACAAUUGGUCACCCACA